AAAAUGGAUAAAGGAAAUGAAACUCAAGUUAUUAUAGAAACAGAAUUUACUAAUUUAAAUAUCUCGGAUAAAGAUUCUAGUACAAUAAAUAUUAGCCAUAAAAAUUGUUCUUAUUGCAAUAAACCAUUUACUGAAGAAUUAUGGUGUAAAAAAUGUGAUCCAUUUAGAAUGAUUGAAGGUUGGACCAGCGGAAAUAAUGACCUUGAUAAAUUUAUCAAAGAUACAAUUUAUGAUGCGAAAAAUACAAAGUACAAUAAGUUCCUUGAAUGGGUACCAUUUGAUAAAUUUAAAGUUGUAAAACAAAUUGGUAUAGGUGGAUUUGCAAAAGUGUUUUCUGCAACAUGGAUUAGUAGUAAAGCAGAAUAUGAUAAACAAGAUGAUGGAAGUUGGAAAAAAAGGGAAUCAUACCCUAUCAAUGUUGCUUUGAAAGGUUGAAUGGAUCGCAGA